AUGACGGAGCCCCACAGGGUUUCGUUCACCACUCUCCACGGUCCACUGAGCAGCAGCUUCUUGAAGAAGUCUCGCAAAGAUGAUGGAGAGCAACCCCAGGACUCGGAACCAGCUGCGACAGCCGUUCGAAUCACACUCACUCUCUUCGAGCCGGAUCACAAACGUUGUCCAGAAUUUUUCUACCCAGAUCUUCUGAAGAGUUGUCGAGGGAAAGUAAAAAGUGGUUCUUCAGGAGACAAGAAGAAAGACCCUGCUGAUCCCUUUAAUGAUGACGAAAAGGAAAGGCAUAAAGUGGAGGCUCUUGCUCGCAAGUUUGAAGAAAAAUACGGUGGCAAGAGGCGUAGAAAGGACCGUAUUCAGGACUUGAUUGAUAUGGGGUAUGGAUACGACGAAUCUGACUCCUUCAUUGACAAUUCUGAAGCAUACGAUGAGCUUGUUCCGGCUUCUCUUACUACGAAGUAUGGAGGGUUUUACAUCAACUCAGGAACACUGCAAUUUCGGCAAGCGUCUGAAUCUGAAGAUGACUAUGUUAAAGAGAAGAAGAAGAAGUGUCCCAAGAAGCGAAAGUUGAAAGAUGGAAGUGAAAAACUGAAGAAGAAGAAGAAAGAUGAAUCUUACGACAAGGAAAAGAAAUCCAAAAAGUCCAAGUUUCCAAAAGCUGGCUUUACAGCGUUAAAUGCAAGUAAGGAGAAGAAGAAGAAGAAAUACUCUGGUGCUCUUAGUGUCAAGGAGAUGCUGAAGAAGUUUCAGAAGGAGAAGGAUGCUCAGAAGAAAAAAGAUGAAGAGCAGAAAGCAGUGACUCCUUCACCAGCAGAACCUCAAGCCCCGAGGGAGGCGGAGGCGAUGGCUGACCCUUUGCUCUCUCUCUUUGGCCACGCCAGUGAUAACGACUUGCUUCAAGCAGCAACGGCUAUGGACUCGUUAACUGACCUAGACCUGGAGCGGCUCUUCAGUGAAUCCCCAGAAGGGAGUCCCUUUCCGGAUGUGGAGGAUGGGAGUGAUCCUAUUGGGAUGGGCUUGGAACAGGAUUUCAAGCAGCCGCCAUCCCUCCCAGAAGGCCUGCCAGCCCCUUUGGAGAAACGCAUCAAAGAACUGGCUCAG